AUGCGUCAACACGUUUACAGCAGCACAUUGCUUAUUCCAAAGUGUAUAUAUCAGCAACAAUUGACCCUGGUGCUGAAGCCAACCCGAUUGUCGCUCCAAUUGCAGCAACCCCAAUACCACCGCUGCACACCCCUCCUCAAACGCUGUCCCUUCUCCUUCUUCUGCACACCCCGCACCACAACUCCUUCACCAAGCAAACAUCACCGAUACUACUACCGUGCAGCCAUGGCGACGGAUUCCGUGCCCGCUGUGGCGGAGCUUUCGAUUCAUUCCACCACGAAUGAAGUCUCGCAAUACCCUAAUUGCUACCCCUCCGUCAACCCCAUCGAUAGGUACCGUGCGCAUAUCGCAGAGCUCGUGGCAGAGGCGCUAGGAGUAGAUUCCCAGACCGUUUACCCCAGGCUACAAUGGACGAAUUCUCUCGAUAAGGGUGACUUGGUUCUUGCUGCCCCAGCUCUACAAAUCAAAGGCAAGAAGCCACCAGAAGUUGUUGCGCAGAUCCUCGAAAAUCUUACCCCCUCCGACCUCAUCAACACGCCCAUUGCGGUGGGCACGCAUAUUCAGUUCUUCUUCAAGCCGGAGCCCCUCACAAAGACCGUUAUUAAAGCCAUUCAAGAGAACAGGGCGACAUAUGGCUCGAAUGCGAACGUUGGUCUUCGAGACCCUACUGACCCUUCAAAGGGCAAGAAGAAAAUCAUCGUCGAGUUCUCGUCUCCCAAUAUCGCGAAACCGUUCCACGCGGGCCAUCUGCGGAGUACGAUCAUCGGAGGCUUCUUGGCUAACUUGUACACGAUUAUGGGAUGGGAUGUGAUCAAGAUGAACUAUCUAGGUGACUGGGGGAAACAAUAUGGUCUCCUAGCAAAUGGAUAUGAGAAGUACGGAAACGAGGAAGAGCUCGUGAAAGAUCCGAUUAACCACCUGUUCGACGUCUAUGUUAAGAUCAACAAAGACGUGGCGGAGCAGGAAGGUCCUAUUAAGGAACUUCGAGAGCAGAUUAAGGCCAAGAAAGACAAGGAUGAGGACAUCACGGUGCUGGAAAAAGUGCUGCAGGCCAAAAUUGAUGUUAGUUAUGAUGAAAUGGCCCGUCGAUACUUCAAGAGCAUGGAGGACGGUGAUGAAAAGGCGCUUGCACUCUGGCAACGAUUCCGUGACUUAAGUAUUGAAAAGUACAAGGAGACCUAUGCGCGCCUGAAUAUUGGUUUCGAUUGCUACUCCGGUGAAUCACAAGUCAAGCCAGAAAGCCUAGCCAAGGCCUACGAAGCCAUGGAAAAGACAGGAGUUUCCGAAAACUCUGAAGGCGCAGUUAUUGUCGACUUUGCGAAGCAUGACGCGAAGAAAUUAGGUAAAGCGAUUGUGAUCCGAAAGGAUGGUACGCCCCUCUAUCUGACUCGGGAUAUUGCGGCUAUCAUUGAGCGAGACGAGGAAUACCACUUUGAUAAAAUGAUCUAUGUCGUUGCUGCGCAGCAGGAUCUCCAUCUCGCGCAACUUUUCAAAGUCACCGAGCUUGUUGGUCGGAAGGAUCUAGCAGACCGAUGCCAACAUGUUAACUUCGGUAUGGUUAGGGGCAUGAGCACCCGAAAGGGUACUGUCAAGUUCCUCAACGAUAUCCUCAAGGAUGUUGGCGAGAAGAUGCAUGAGGUUAUGAAGAAGAACGCUACCAAGUACGAGCAGGUUGAGGAUCCCGAAAAGACGGCUGAUAUUCUUGGUAUCACGUCUGUGAUGGUCCAGGAUAUGAGUGGCAAGCGAAUCAAUGGCUAUGAAUUCAACCUAGACGUCAUGACAUCCUUCGAAGGCGACACAGGCCCAUACCUCCAAUACGCCCACGCACGCCUCUGCUCCAUGACCCGCAAAGCCGACGUCGACCCCUCCGAACUAACCACCGCCAACCUCUCCCUCCUCACCGAGCCACACGCCAUCGACCUGAUCCGCCUACUCGCCGUCUGGCCCGACGUAGUCUUCAACACUACCAAAACUCUUGAACCAACUACCAUACUUACAUACCUUUUCCGAAUGACGCAUGUGCUCAGUUCUGGCUAUGAUGUGCUCAAGGUUGUUGGCAGUGAGCCUGAGGUAAAGAAGGCGCGCAUGGCUAUGUAUGAUUGUGCGAGACAGGUGUUGUCGAAUGGGAUGCGAUUGUUGGGGUUGAAUCCGGUUGACCGGUGA